ACGGUACGUCAGUUGUUCGAUACAACCGAUAUAACGGACACAGCACCUCAUACCGCGAAUCUGUAAUUCUGUAUCGGCAUUGUGAUUAUUAUCCUACGGGCUAACGUUUUUUUUUCGUCGAAUGGUGGAUGAAAAUUUGGAACAAAUUUGGAGUUACUUGGGGUAUUGAGGGAUUGAAUUAUCGGUGGGCUUUGGAGUUGAGGUUCAGGGGGUGAGGAUUGUGGUGGGAUUUUAAUUUUGUUGGGUGGUGGUUAGUUUUUUUUUUUGGUGAUGGAGCACGCAGGAGAGGGUGACGGUGAUCGUCGUGGUGGUGCAAGGGGCAGAGGAAAAUCUUCCUGGACACCUGGAACUGAACAUCAACCCUUGAGACGACCACAGGUUCCGGGUUCUCUACAUCAGGUCAAUGAGAUGCUGAAUAAUGCUUCGAUUCAUGAUGUCGUGAAGAAUUCCCCACUGUCUGCUGAUGCUCCGGAGUUCGUACCCAAGGGAUUCGUUGCUCCACAGCAAAAUCAGGGCCAAGGGUGGCAACGACCCUCAGUCCAGGAACGGUUGAAUGUUGCGAGGAGUGGUGGUCAGGGGAUGGGUUAUGCACAACAUCAUCCGGGCAGUCGUCCGCAUGCUCAUCUCGCCCAGUCGCCCUUUGGAUAUGGCGAGUCGGAGUAUUCCUGCCAACUAUAUCCGCGAUAUGAGUCAGGAUUUAGCAACUAUGACAGGGAUCAAGCACCUCGCAAUUCUGAAAAUUCUCGAGGUGAGCAGGGCAUAAAUGCUCUGGUGCGUCAGUUGUGGACAGCAAUGCAAACCCUGACUCGCAAUCCCGAUCAAUUCGACGAUUUAAUCGUGCCAUUAGUAUGUGGUAUAACCCCUCACUUGAAAAGCGAGGAAGACACUGAGGCAAUAGUGAGUACCAUAAUAGAAAACUGCAUAAGGGAUUCGAAUUUUCGAUACAGCGGUGUACGUCUGUGCUCGCACCUGGACGCAGUGGAGACACCAUCAGAAAACAAUCCCUCAAUAUUCAGAACAAAACUAUACGGUUGGUGUCGCCAAGAGAAAGAAAUGCAGAUGAGCACAUGGCCAAAGGGACCAGAGCACUCACCAGAACACGAGAACAAUUGUCAUGGACUGAUGCUGAGUCUCGCUGAGCUCGUUGCCCAGAUGGAUCCACAUCCAGCCUCAAUCCUUGGAAAACUCCUGGUGGAGCUGAUCUCUCAUAUUCUGAAGAAUCCAGGUCCCAACUCUGCUAAAUCCAUAUGUCAAUCUCUAAAACUAGCUGGACAAUAUCUUGAACGUGACAGUACGACGAAUCGUCAGGAGAUCGAACGUGUCAUGAGGGAAUUAACUGAUCUGGUGACAAAGGGUCAGGUGGACGUUCACGUUGGGAGAAUGGUAAAUAGCGUUCAGGAGCUUCGCAAUGGAAAUUGGGGACGUGGUGUGUCAUUCAAUGACUCACAAGCUGUCGAUGUCAAUUCAGCGAGUGUUGGGACACAGCAGAAAGUCAAACAGUCGUCUGAACAGCUUGAUGAACCUGUUCUUUACGGGCCUGAUGGUAUGGUACUAUCUGCUGAGGAACGACGAUUCUGUCAGCAUCUAUCUGGCCUUCAUGCUGGCGAGGACUGGAUACCUCCAACUGAAACACCACAGCAGGAGGAAGACGAGGAUGAUAUGAUUGCUGAUGCUUACGAGGAAUUUCUUAAACUUGCUCCCAAUAAAAAAGACAGCAGUGUCAACAGGGAAAAAUAACGCGCGGGGGAGUAAAGGAACUUCUCCUAUUAUUGAUGUCGAUGAUUUUUAUGAUUUACUAGGGGGAGUGGGAAUUUCAUUGGGAAUUUUCGGAUUUUGAAGAGAAACUUUGUUGAUUUGUCUGGACGAUGCGGGAUUUUGCAUAAUCAUAGAGGAAAUUAUUUAUCUUCUCAUGUUGCUGAAUGAAAUAAAUUACCGUUCAGGUGAAUCCAGGUAAAACUUGGAUAAAUGUGGGAUUUUCUCGGGAUUUUAUCACUGCUCUGUCGAUACUUGGGGAGGUAUUUAAACGAUAAGAAAAUAUGAAAAUUUGAUGUCACAAUUUGCCACACCGAGGACACCAUCUGCUUUUCCGUCUCCGAGGGAGCGUUUGA